GUCAACCGCUCCCUCCUGACUGCCUGACACACCCACACACCCACCCAGCCACCCGCGCCUCUGUGAUCCCUGCCGAGGAUCCGGGAGCGGAACAUUGGAACAUUGGAACAUUGGCCUCGCCUGGCAUGGUGGCAUGGCUGCCGUCAGAUCUGGGCCGGUCCAGAUCUGGUGGUCUUGUGUCUCGCCAGCCCAGAGAUAGAUUACCCCCACACCCCCCAGGCCGCGCCUUCUCCUCCCCCCCUCUGGCCUCCGCGAUGCUUCUCGUCCGCUGAGCCAUGGUCAAGAGGAGACCAGCCAGCCAGCAAGCCAAGCCAGCCAGCCAGCCAGCCAGCCCUCCGCCUGACAACCUCGACACACCCCGACCACAUGGACCACAUGGACCUCCUUCGGGACAAAUACCAUGCCUCCGAGGCGAGCACCUGCUCCAGCCCCGACGCUGGCCCGGGACCGGGACCGGGACCGGGGGCGGGGGCGGGGGCCGGAGCUGGGGCCGGAGCCGGAGCCGGCGCCGGCCAGCCACACGCCGCUCACUCGUCGCAAGCCACCCGCCCCCGCGCCGACCGUCCGUGUGACACGUGCCGCAAGAGGAAGUCGAGAUGUGUCAAGGAGCCCGGCCAGGACAAGUGUGUCCUGUGCUCCUUCCACCGCCGUGCCUGCACAUAUCUCGACGAGCCUCAGCGGAGGAAGAGGCCCAAGGCUGACGGCCUGGCAAGCAUCUCCUCGGACCCAGAGCACCGCAGGCAGAGCUCCGACCUUUCCUCCAGGAAAAAGCCGAGGUCCGCCACCUCCACCUCCACCUCGAGGGAUGACUCUCACGCUGCGAGCCCCUGCAGUGCGAGGUCACUUCUUGACUCCACGCUGGGGCUCCACGGCACCACGCAUUUCAGGUACAUCGGCCCCAGCUCCGUCUACGAGGCCCGGCUCCUGGACCUCUUCCUGCACGGCCUCGCCGACCAUGGCCCUGACGACGCUGCCCCCAAGUCCCGCCGCGCCGACCACGCCACCACCUUUCUGUCGCGCCCAGACUCAAAGUCUCUCUUUAGCCCCGACGACGACGACGACCUGGAGUACGUCGAGUCGCUCGUCCGCCCCCACGGCCCGGCACUGGUCAGCCUCUACUUCCGGACGGUCCACCCCAGCUUCCCCGUCAUCCACAAGGCCGUCUGGCUCGACAAGUAUGCCCGCUCCUACAAGGAAUUCUCCCCGCCCCAGCUCGCCGCCUUCUACCUCCUCGCCAUGGACUGGUGGGAGUACGACCCCGAGCUGUCGCCCAGGGACAAGCCCGACGCCGCCGCCCUGCUCAAGGUCGCCAUGACGGCCCUGGCCGCCGUCAUCCACCGCCCAAAGCUCUCCACCGUCCAGGCAGGCCUGCUGCUGCUGCAGAGGUCGGGUGGCGACUCGUGGGUGCUGACCAGCCAGGUGGUCGCGCUCGCCGAGGAGCUCGGCCUGCACGUCGACUGCUCCACGUGGAACAUCCCGGACUGGGAAAAGGGGCUGAGGAGGAGGCUGGCCUGGGCCGUUUUCAUGCUGGACAAGUGGGGCGCCUUCACCCACGGUCGUCCGUCGCACAUCACACCGGGCUCCUGGCGCAUCUCCCAGCUGUCGCUCGACGACUUUCCAGAAUCGGCUGCCGACGACGACGCCAAGGACGGGAGCACCGACGUCGAGACCGGGCGGCAGGUCUUUAUCCACCUCACGCACCUCACCGGGAUAAUGGCAGAGACCCUCGAGGCCCUGUACGGCCCGAACCAGAUGCGCAUGGAGAGCGUCUACGCCCAGCACGGGGUGCAGGGCCUGAUGAAUGCGGUGAAGCCCAUGGUCAGGCGGCUCGAGGCAUGGGCCGAGGAGGUUCCCCCGGGCCUGGAGAUGGACUCGACCAGGCCGAGGAGGCUCUGCUCCAACGGCAACCUCCACCUGUCGUGCUUCGCCACCGAGAUCAUGAUCUACCGCUUCAUCCUGCGCCGUGUGACCCCCGAGACCCCACCCGCAGUGCGGGAGGUCGCCCGCGAGGCAGGCAAGGCGUGCCUCGACAAGGCCAUGAGCUUUGUCGAGUGUCUCCGCCCCGAGCACCUGCAGGCCUUUUGGUGGUCCGCGGCACCAAAGUCCCUGGCCCUCAUCAGGUCAUUCGGCGGGCUCCUGUGGGCAACCAGCGGCACCGAGAUGGAGGCCGGGUUCUACCGCCAGAAGCUGGUCGACUUCCAGUGGAGCUUAAAGGUGCGGUCUAGAGGCGUCGGCUUCCUCACUGCCGCCAUACGCGAGGUGGAGGAUUCCCUGGACGAUCCCGAUAUGGCCCACUCGCCAGUCGCAUGGGGUGGCAAAUCACUGCAUUACUCUUUGGGGGAGAUGAGCGCCGCAGAGAUGCCGCCCCACUCGCAGGUGCACCCGCUUCCUCGACACAACCUUGCCCGUACGAACGGCCCUUUGCCCACCCCACCGCAGAUCUCGCCUGUUGAGCAGGCCACUCCGCGGGUUGCGCCCUUUGACCCGGCCAUGUACGAGCAAGCCCAGCUGGGACACGGCCAGCUGGAUCCGUCGGCACUCAGCUUCAGCAUCAUGGAUCUUGACCCUGCCGCGAGACAAGUGUACAUGGACAUGACCGGGCUGACCGGGCAGGCUCUCUUCUACACGGACAUGCCCAUGUCUAAUCCGUGACGGUUACAGUCCCCGGGGUAUCUGAAGGCGGCGGCAAGGUCGACUUGGCUACUGUGCACAUGAUACCUCGGGAACGAGCCCAGUGGCACCCGCUCGAGUCUGCUAUGAGAGAACGCCUCACUGGAUCGCAUCUCGUGCCUAGCACAAGGAAGCAAGCGGCAGGCUGGUUUUAGAAAGUCUCUCAAAACUUCCUCCGUCACGCCACAUCGCCCUCGCCACCACCCCUGGAUCGCCAUGUGAUGCUGCCAGGUGCUUUCAUCACAGACGUGCCUGGGCGUUGUACGUCUUCUGCAUCUUCUUGUACAUUCUCACUCCCAGUAGCUGGUCUCUACUGGGAAAUAGUGCGGUAGUUGGCGUGGGGCGUUCACGUCCGGGGUUUGAACUGGGUAGUUCUUAAAACGCCCGCUGGUCGCGGCAAGCAUUAGCCUUUGCCUUGUUGUUUCCUUUUCUACAACAAGUUUCAAAGUGCACAUUGAAGCGCUCUAGACAAGUGUGUCUGUAGCAAUAUUGUCAAGCUAUCGGCUCCACUCUCUGGUCCAUCGCCUCGUGAUUAACCUGUUGAGAGAUUGGCAAGGUCUCACGCCUAAGUAGUCUGUGACGACCUGGUCCGUCAAAGACCACCGCAUGCAUUCUGUCUCCUCAUCACUCGACAUCAUAGCCACGAAAGACUGCCGGUAUUAAAGCAGCAGACUGCCACAAACAUACACUCUGGUGUUACCAAGAGUUCUUAUUCUGUAGACAGGGCUCACCGGAAUGUAGCCGAGAAGGGGAUUGACUACGUGCCUCUCCCCCAAUCACACCUCACCACCCAACUCAAAAGUUAUAUCUGGUAAGAUGGUGGGAAUUCCAUUGAUUACUGGCGCAACAGACCGCUCGGCCAAAAGACCAUAAUAACCAAUUCAAAGCAAUUAGUUAUUCCAGCAGUUUAUAAGCUCAGUCACAGGCUUUAGCACUGGACCGUCACAUCUGGUUUCGCUCCUAUUCCGCAUACAUCCGGAGACAUACAUGGCGUCUCAAACUAAAACAUUUAAAGUUAUGUUAUAAGAUAUAUAUAAGAGUUAAUAUAAUUUAACCCACUUUGGGAUAAAUCAGUAAUUAAA